UUAGCAAUACAUAUGCAGAUGAUUAUAUUUUAUCUUUUUUCUGAUGCAACUUAGCAUAGCUUCAACUUAGCAUAGCUAAGAAUUAAUUUCAUGAUAGGUAGCAAAUUAUCAUCAAAACCUACGUUGCAAGUUACAACACCAUCUACUGUAAAGGUCGUACCGACCGGGACGAAACCUAUUGUGAAAGGUUUUGAUUUAAGUGGUGUAGAAAAUACAGAUUUGUUAAGCCCACGUUGUGGAAGUCCGUCUUCCAAUCGGAACAGUCCUGAGGUCAAACGCAAGGAAGAUAUCAUACAAAAGGAGAAAAGAAUAGUCUCGUCAAAAAUGAAUAGUCCAAGAUGCCAAUCACCUAUGUCGGGUCAUGUAACACCGGAAUUAGAUACUAAAGUAAAGUCUAAUACAUCUAAUGAAGAAAAAGCGGAUGUCGAAGCGAUAUACAACAGUAAGAGAGGCGGCAGCAAGGAACAGCUUCAUUUGGUAGUCGUGGGACACGUUGAUGCUGGAAAAAGUACAUUACUUGGACGAUUACUCUGCGAUUUAGGUCAAGUAUCACAGAGACUUAUCCAUAAAUAUCAACAAGAGAGCAAAAAAAUAGGAAAACAAUCGUUUGCCUAUGCUUGGGUACUCGACGAAACUGGUGAAGAAAGAGAGCGGGGAAUAACAAUGGAUAUAGGCCACUCGAAAUUUGAAACGGACACAAAAUCUAUCACUCUGCUAGAUGCACCUGGCCACAAGGAUUUUAUUCCGAAUAUGAUAACCGGCGCUACGCAAGCAGAUGUAGCUUUGUUAGUAGUCGAUGCAACCAGAGGCGAGUUUGAAACUGGAUUUGAUAGUGGAGGACAGACACGCGAACACGCCUUAUUACUACGCUCUUUAGGAAUCUCGCAACUAGCAGUAGUUGUUAACAAGCUAGAUACCGUAAAUUGGUCUAAAGAUAGAUUCAAUGAGAUAGUGGACAAAAUGAGUGUAUUCCUAAAGCAAGCUGGCUUCAAAGAUACCGUUACUUUCGUACCUUGCAGCGGUUUAUCUGGAGAGAAUAUUGUAACAAAACCAAAGGAACAACUCUCUAAUUGGUAUACCGGACCUACUCUAGUUAAUGUUAUCGAUAAUUUCAAGUGCCCAGAGCGGCCUAUAAAUAAAUCAUUUCGUUUUUCGGUGAAUGAUAUAUUUAAGGGUACUGGAUCUGGAUUUUGUGUGUCUGGUCAUGUGGAGACGGGUAUGGUAUCUUUGAGUGAUAAGGUUUUAGUACUACCUCAAAACGAGAUUGCAGUUGUUAAAGGUCUUCAGUCGGAUGAAGCUUCAACGGCAAAUGCUUUUGCUGGUGAUCACGUUGCGUUGACAUUAGCGGGAAUCGAGCAGCAAAAUGUGGGUAUCGGCGAUAUUAUCUGUAACCCGCAGAAUCCAGUACCUAUAACGACCUGCUUUCAAGCGCAUGUUGUUAUAUUCGCGAUAACAAAACCAAUCACAAAAGGUCUUCCAGUAGUGAUGCACCAACAAUCUUUGGUACAACCGGCGGUUAUUACAAAAUUAAUAGCGCAACUUCAUCGAAGUACUGGUGACGUGAUCAAGAAGAAGCCGCGUUGCUUACCUAAGAAUUCUAGUGCGAUCAUUGAGGUCGCAACGCAGACACCAGUUUGCAUGGAGUUGUAUAAGGAUAUUAAACAGCUAGGUAGAGUUAUGUUACGAUUAGAAGGUACCACUAUUGCAGCUGGUUUGAUUACAAAGAUUUUAUAAAUCUGAUUAAUAUAAAUGAAAUCUCGAAUAUUGCAAUGCAAUUUAUAUACAC